AUGAAGCCUGCGAAAACACUCACAAAUUGUUUGUGUCUCAUUUCAUUCAUUUUACACUCAGCGAGUGCAAUUGUGGGAGGAAAUGAUGCUUCUGCGGCUAGUGCGCCAUUUGCAGUCGCCAUUAUCUCGAGUGGCUGGUUUGGUGACUCCUACCAUUGUGCUGGUUCCUUGAUCGGUCCCAAAUCGGUUCUUACUACAGCUGGAUGUGUCGAUGGAUUUUCGGCAACUUCGCUGAAGGCACGAAUCGGCAGUCUCGAGCACGCUGCUGGCGGUCAGUUGCAACAAGUGACAAAAAUUAUCAAGCAUCCCAACUAUAACACCAACACCCAUGACCACGACUACGCAGUUCUCCAUUUGACGUACCCAAUUACAAAUAUUGAAUUCGUAGCGAUUUCCGAGCAAGCUCCGGUUACAGGGGAACCCCAGCUCCAGACAACUUUCAUGUCAUUUUCCGAGUGCGAUCAGAUAUGGUCGGACGUCAAUACCGUGACUUCGAAUAUGAACUGUGAUGCAGCGCCGGAGAAGAGCCAGGGCUCCUGUUCCCAUGACCAAGGAGGGCCAGUUGUAAACGACUCUGGUGAGCUAGUGGGUAUUAUCGGCUACUACAACUACUGUGCGCCGCAGUCCGAUGGUCGCCCGGACGUCAAUAAUGACCCGGUGGGCGCAUCUGACUGGAUCGCUCAAAAUACCAUUUGA